GCAAGGUUCAACGUCAAAAAUAUUUACAGGGUUAAUUUCACCUCGCAAACUUUCUUCAAUAAUAACUUUUCAUUUUCGUUUCUCACACUCAGUGAACACCCAGAAAAACCCUACAGCCAUCCUCUUCACCUCAGGGCACCGCGGUCUUCAGCCCAACACCAUCCUCUUCACCCCAACGCCACCACCGUCUCAGCCUCUCUCUUUUUUCUGCAAAUCAACACAUCAAAACAACUUCUAUUGGCUUGUUGGAUUUGUCUAUCACCGUCUUCGCUCAUCUUUCGAAGCAAUACACAAAUCAAUCUUUCCAAAAUCCAGCCAUGGUAGCUCUGUUAGUUCUUGUACCUGUUGGAUACUUGUAGCAUCUGUGAAAAGGAUUCUGGAAAGACAAUAUGAAAAAUUACAAGCGCUAUCAUAGUUGGAUGUACGAUCGUAUGUAUGCUGGGAGACGUGGACUUAUUUCAACAAGUGCAACAACAUGUGCAACAACAAAUACAACAACAAAUGCAACAACAAAUGCAACAAAUGCAACAAUUAUUUCAACAACAAUAUGGUGGUGGUGGAUUUAGAGCGGUUGGUAACCAAGGAGUGGUAGACGAGAAUGAUGAAGAAAACAAAAUAACGCAGACGAAACAAAUCUCGAGAGCAGUAACAGACAACCUGAGCUGCAACUUUCUGAGCAGUCCGUGCUUUGGAAAGAAAAUAAAAUGCCCUAUUCAGUGCCCUCUUAAAUCACCCUCUGACCCAAAUGCCAAAGUUUGCUCUCUUGACUGUGCUUCUCCCAUAUGCAAAACUCAAUGCAAACAUCGCAAACCAAACUGCAAUGGUCGUGGAUCAGCAUGCUUAGACCCGCGCUUUGUUGGAGCAGAUGGAAUAGUUUUCUACUUCCAUGGAAGAUCCAAUCAACAUUUCGCCUUAGUAUCUGAUCAAAAUCUCCAAAUCAAUGCACGUUUCAUUGGCCUAAGACCCAAAGGUAGAGCAAGAGAUUAUACAUGGAUUCAAGCACUUGGAAUCCUCUUUGAAUCUCACAACUUCAUUGUGGAAGCAACCAAACCAACAAAAUGGGAUCAUGAAAUUGAUCAUUUGAAAUUCUCUUACAAUGGAGAGGAACUUCAUGUUCCUCGAGGUUACCUCUCUAAAUGGGAGUUUCAAGAAAAGAAAAUUAGUGUAGAGAGAACAUCAAACACCAACAGUGCUGUUGUUAAUGUUCAUGGAAUUGUGGAGAUAUAUGUGAAUGUUGUGCCUGUAACUAAGGAAGAUAGUAGAAUUCAUAACUAUCAAAUUCCUGAUAAUGAUUGUUUUGCUCAUUUGGAGGUUCAGUUUAAAUUUUAUGAUCUGUCUUCCAAAGUUGAAGGUGUUCUUGGGAGGACUUAUCAGCCGGAUUUUGAAAAUCCAGCGGCUAAGUUAGGUGUGGCAAUGCCGGUGGUUGGAGGUGAAGAUAGAUAUAGAACUACAUCACUUCUUUCUUCUGAUUGUGGUGCUUGUUUAUUUGUUCCUGGUGAUAAUUCCAGAAACAACAACAAUGUGAUUGUGCAAGUGUUGCCAACAGUGGGAAUGGUGUAGUUUGCAACAAAAAAUUAUUGAUGUUGUUUGUGAUAAUAUUAUUGUUUUCUGUUGUGUUAUAUAAAAAGACAAGUGUUUGUCAUGGAUUUACCUUGAAUAAAAAGUUCAAUGUUUUAUUGGCUACUGUG